AUGUCCGCCCCAAACUCGCGGAAGCGAGCUGCCCCCGGGUCGUCACCCAUCGUGCCCAUCCAACGCAACAUGCAGCAACCGUACGAAGCCGAGCCUGUCGCCGUUGCGAAUCCUGCGAUGCCGUGGGGCGGCAUUGGCGGUGUUCCCGAUGCCACCGACUACUUCGGCGCUGCCGCCGCUGUGCACGGUGAGAAUCCCUACGGGCUCGCGCAAGCACCGCCGGCCUUCCCUCCCGCCGUCAGCACGCCCUCGACCUCCCUCGCCCGCCGACAGAUGAACCGCGCCUUGGUUCCCACGAAUCUCAGAGCAGCGUACGAUGCCUCCGCGGACCGGUGGUCUGGCUUUGGGGACGAUGGUCUCCUCGUCCCCCAGAACGCGACGGACGGCGCGGUCGGGCAGGAUAGCAUCGAGGUGUUGGAAGAAAUGGCCCAGAAGGCCAAGAGGGAAGCUCAAGCGAAGAGGAAACAGAUACCGCCAUUUGUGCAAAAGCUGAGCAGGCAAGUACUCGUCUUAAAUCCCUUCCUGGAGGAGCGAAAGAACGAAGACUUGAUUCGGUGGUCGGAAAAGGGCGAUUCUUUCAUUGUGCUGGACGAGGAUGAAUUCGCCAAGACGUUGAUUCCGGAACUCUUCAAACACAACAACUACGCCUCCUUUGUUCGGCAACUCAACAUGUACGGCUUUCACAAGUGCGUGGGGCUCUCUGACAACUCGAUGCGCGCGAGCGAGCGCAAGAACAAGAGCCCGAGCGAGUAUUCGAAUCCGUACUUCCGGCGAGGACAUCCGAACCUCCUGUGGCUGAUCAACAAGCCCAAGAGCGGCGGCAAGUCCAAAAAGGGGAACAAGGGCCAGGAUGCCGAUGGCGACAGCGAGGAGGAUGGCGCCCAUGAAGAGAUUGCGAGCCACCCGGGAGCGCCGGUGACCAGUACGACGGGCCGCUCCCUCCCCGCCGUCGCAGGAACAGAAGCGCCGCCUCUGCCCAAGAAGGAGAUGGCCCUGAUCAAGGAGGAGCUGCAGAAAGUGCGAGAGCAGCAGAAGCUCAUCCUCGGCGCCAUCAACCGCCUGCAGCGGAACAACAACGACUUGUACAACCAGGCCCUCAUGUUCCAGAGCCAGCACGACCGACACCAAAACUCAAUCAACGCCAUUCUCAACUUCCUGGCCAACGUCUUCCGAAAGACGCUGGAGGAUCAGGGGGCUUCGCAGAACGUCACGGACAUCAUCUCCAGCUUGAUGGCGAAUCAGAACCAGCAGCCGCAGCACCAGGGCAGUGUGGUGGACCUGGGCGACUUCUUCCACGGGCAAGGCGACGCCGGCGCCAGGAAAUCCCAAAAGCUGCUUCCGCCGAUUCCCCAAGCCGGCCAGCACAUGGCCCCGCCCAGCCGGACGCCGUCGACCAGCAGCUCCGUCUACCACCCUGUUGGUGCUGCUGCUCACCCUGAGAUGGGACACGUCACUGAGCUUCUCGACACGUCUCCGUCGGACACGACCCUGAGGCAGGAACUCGAGGCCAACCCGCACGAGCGGAUGAUGAAGAUUAUCAACGACCACAAUGCAAGCAGUUCGGCAGGCCUCGAUCUGCCGGAAGCCGCCGAGAUCGUCAACAACGCCCCCAGCACGUUGAGUAACGACCAAAGAAGCACGCUAGUCAACCUCAUAGCAGCCCAGACGACGUCGCCGCCGAUGCCAGCUACACCCGCUGUAACCGAUCCUCUAACGCAUGUGCCCUCCACGGCUGCCUCCUCGGCCAUGCCCUCUCCAGCACAAGAGGGCGCAACCGCAGCACCGCCAUCACUCUCGCCGAUCAUGCGGUCACCGACCAUGCCUGCGCCCUCUCUGCAACACAUCAGUUCGAACCAGAGCGAGCUCGAGCAACUGAAGCGCCUGCAGAGCGAGCAGGAUGCAAAGAUUCACGAACUGAGCGGCAUCCUGGGGCCUUUGAGCCCGUCUGGUCAGAUCCCCGGCCUGGAUGACGGCAACGAAGCCUACUUUGACCCUCCGAAUGUCGAUCUCGACCAGUUCUUUGAUAGUAGCGCUUUUCUGAACGACGCUCACUUUGGAGACGGGACCGAUUUCAACUUUAACCUUGACGCGGAGGCACUCAACAACGGGAUCAACGGGGGAAUCAACAGCGGAGUCAACGGUGGGCUCGCCAAUGGAAUCAACAAUCACACUCCCAGCCCUACGGGGACUGAAGAGAUUCCCCGAGAUGGUUUUGGACUGAACGACAGCCCCAGUCAUGGCAACAAGAGACGACGGAUAGGUUGA